AUGGAACCUAACAAUCAUGAGAAUGAUGGGGGUGAGUGUGAUUGGAAGCCUAGAGUUCGCAUGACAUUUGAUACAGAACAAGAAGCAUAUGAUUUCUAUAAUACUUAUGGAGGAAGGUUGGGCUUUAGUAUUAGAAGGGGUUAUGUAAACAAGAGCAAAGAGGGGCAAAUCACUUCAAGGCAAUUUGUUUGUAAUAAGGAGGGAUUUCGGGUUGUCGACAAGCGAGAUCCAUUAACAAAAAAUCCUAGGCAGGAAGUGAGGACUGGUUGUCAAGCCCGACUUGUCAUUAAGUGGGAUAGGAAUAUGAAGAUAUCUGCAUCACAGGCAACCGAAAUAGAUUUAGCUGAAAAAUCUGGAAUCCGUCUUAAUGCUGCAUUUGAGCUCAUGGGUAAUGAAGUUGGUGGAAGGGAGUCACUUGGGUUUACAAAACUUGACCAAAAAAAUUAUUUGAGAACGAAGAGGCAAAACAGCUUAGCAUAUGGGGAGGCAGGUAGCAUUUUGCAAUAUUUUCGUGACAAAUCAUUGGAGAAUCCAUCUUUUUUUUACUCGGUCCAAUUAGAUAACGAGGAGCAGAUUACAAAUAUAUUUUGGGCCGAUGCUCAGAUGAUCAUGGAUUAUGGGCAAUUUGGUGAUGUUGUCACUUUCGACACUACUUACAAGUUAAAUAGUGCACAUAGACCAUUUGCGUCUUUUGUUGGAUUUAACCAUCAUAGGGAAACUGUGAUAUUUGGUGCAGCUUUGAUGUAUAUUCUGAAGAGAUGGACUAAAAAAGUACUAUAUGGUCGUGGUCGUGGGCGUGGCCGUGGGCAUGGGGAUGUGGAUCACACGCCAACAUCUUAG